UUCAAUAGAUUCAAGAUCCUAUUUUAAGGUUGUUUUUAAAUGUAAAAAUCUCAGCAAAUCCAUUGAAAAAAAUAAUAAUCUCAAGAAAUCCUUUAAUAAACAAUUUUUUAUUUAUGCCAUUUCCCUGGGCCAUAAAUAUGUGGCAGAGUUUCAAUUCUCCAAGCUGUUUGUCAAAAUGGGCAAGACAAGAAGAUGAAGAUGGAAGGAGACAAAUCAUCGCUGCACAUUUGUAUAGUCACAGCAAGAACUGUAUAGUUUAAAUCUUUGAAAACAGAGACUGAGGGAGGAGACAGGCUCAUUCAGAGAAUAAGUUUAAGGUUUUCUGAUUGAUGCCAUUUUGGAAAAUAAGCUCUAUUUAAUAACUUUGUUUGAUCCAAUUGUAGAUUUCAUAUUGCUGACCUAACUCUGUGAAAGCAGUAGCUCAACAAAAGGGGGUGGGAAAAAACAAGUCUCUCCCUGAGGAAAACACUCCGGUCUCUAAGUGAGCAGUAAAUCUGGCACUUAGGAGUGGUAGUGUGUGCUGGUGUGUGAAUUUGAGCGUGUAAAUGUACUGAGCGUCGCCUAGUCCAUAGCCUCAAGAGCUGUCAAAUGUUGCCUUGCUACACAACAUCCGUAACCCGUGACCCUUGUAACUCCUGUUAUGUUCUCGGCUCUGCAGACCCCUCAGAUUUCCCUCCAUUGGUCCCAGAUGACAGAUACCCCUGUCGUCCUAGUUUCUCCAAACUGCCCCGGUAGCCUUUGACCUCGCCCGGCAGCUCUGCCUCUGCGAACGCUGCCCUCGCAUUCCAGCCGAAGGAGCUGAAACCUGAGCCCGCGGUGAGCUCAUCACCCGGGCCGCGGAACCCAGAGUUAAGCGAUACCAAAAAAAAAAAAAAACUAGAGAAAAACCUGAGAGAGAAGAAGGGGGUGAGGCAGCCGUCGAGAGUGGGACAGGUCUGGAACUGGUUCUGUGCGCCUGCCUGCUGUGUCCUCCUCGAAGCAGGUCGAAUUACACCAGGGAGAGCCAGGAGUAAAGAGGAAGAAGCGUCUUUGAAUUCUCCCUGGCUUUUUUUUUUUUUUUUUUUUGUCCGUUUUGUUUCUUCUCCUUCGUGGCUUGACCAACUGAGCGGCUUCCUCUGAACUCACGGCGGCAGGAACCCACCGCACUCCGUCUGGGCUUUCAAGUUAGCGAGACUUGCUGCUCUCUUGCUCAUGCCUGGGAUGUGAGCGUAAACGCCGUGGGGUCGCGCUCUCUCUUCUCUCAGCUCCUCUGUUCUCCCUCUGACCCUGCCAUGACCACCAAGUGACCGAAGAUGGUCUCUGGAUCCAAAUGCCGCCCCCUGCGGGCUCCGCGGUGGUCUGGGACCAGCUGUGUGUGACGGACAGGCAAGCGAAGCCUGCGGCGGCCUACUCCUGUGAAUCUUCAAAUUGGCCCCGGCUGAGCUCUUUGUGGCGCGGCGAGUGAAGGGUCCCAACAUUGUUUGACGUCUCAGCAUGGAUGGAGUCACCGCCGUGAAUGAGGCUGUUGCUCUUCAGCUGAGGACUAGCAUUUAUGGGAUUACUGUCUUUGUUCCCAACUAACGGUAAAUUGUUGGUAGACUCUCCUUUGGUGGACAUUUUUGGCCAGGUCUGCUUUUUUUUGUUUUUGUUUUUUUUUGUGGAUACCAAAAUUGCCCUUUUUUGAGGGAAUAUAUUUUUAAAAUUUUUGGUUUUCCGUUUUUUGGUUUUCCACUAUGGAGUUUCUUUCUGGACCGUGGAAUAAAGAUUGGGCAUCAUUUUUGCAGUUUUGGUUGACUGUCAUCCUUAGCCUUCAAAUGCAGUUCAGCCCAAUUGCUUCUUGCCCCCAAGUGUGCCGUUGUGACAAAGCGUUUAUAUACUGCAACGAACGCAGCCUGACAUCAGUGCCUCUGGGGAUAGGGGAGGGCUACAGCAUCCUCUUCCUACACAACAACCAGAUCAACAAUGCCGGCUUCCCUAUGGAAUUUCACAAUCUAGAAUCCAUAGAAGUUGUUUAUCUGUAUGGCAACCAGCUGGAUGAAUUCCCCAUAAAUCUGCCCAAAAACACAAAAAUCCUGCAUCUUCAGGAAAACAACAUACAAACAAUCUCCAGAGCAGCCUUGGCUCAGCUGAGUAAACUUGAGGAAUUGCACCUUGAUGAUAACUCCAUCUCUACAGUGGGGGUGGAGGAAGGGGCCUUUAGGGAGGCGCAAAGCCUUAAGCUCCUUUUCCUUACCAAGAACCACUUAAGCAGUGUUCCUAUUGGCCUUCCUGAGGACCUGAAGGAGCUGCGGUUGGAUGAGAACCGCAUAGCUGUUAUUGCAGAGGAGGCCUUUCAGAAUGUGACGCGCCUGCAGCGUCUCCUGCUGGACGGGAACCUACUGACGGACGAGGGCAUAGCACCAGGGACUUUCAGGGACCUGGGCUCUCUCCGAGAGCUGGCUCUGGCUAGGAAUUCCCUCACCUUUCCCCCACCUCUCUUACCCAGCCAGUCUCUGGUCAAGCUGAGUCUGCAGGAGAACCUGAUCGACCAGAUCCCUGUGGCGGCCUUUGCCGACCUGAACAGGCUCGAAAGACUGGAUAUUUCCUCCAACCACCUGCAGACUCUUACACAAGGAGUGUUCAAUGGCCUGUCGAGCUUAAAGCACCUCAUGGUGCGCAGCAACCCCUGGCGUUGCGACUGCUCUGUCAAGUGGGUGGUGGUGUGGCUCAAGUCAUUGCCGUCCUCCAUCAACGCCAGAGGGUUUGUGUGUAACAGUCCAGAGAAGGUGCGAGGCAUGACAAUCAGAGAGCUCACGCUGGAUAUUAUUGAGUGCCCUAUUUUCCCUGACCAAACACCCUGGCCCACCCUCCGCUCCACACCCCCUCCUCCACCCACCACCGCCCCUAUCACAACCAUGAUUUCCACCCUCAUCACCACAUCUAACCCUUACUACUUUGACUCCCCCUCUCCUCCCUUACCACCCAUCCAUAAUAACCCCCCUGGGCCACUUCCCCCCUAUGAGGAUCCCCUUCAGAUCUCCUUCCAUGUGAUCAACUCCACCAACAUCGAGGUGAGCUGGGCGUCCUAUUUCACUGUCACAGCUUACAAAGUCACUUGGGUCAAAAGUAGCCAAAGGCAAAACGAAGGGAUGCGGGAGAGGACGGUGAGCGGGGAUCGGCGCCACUUAAGCCUCGCUGACCUCGAGCCCCGCUCGGUGUAUCGGAUCUGCGUUCACGUUCUGGACACCCUCAACUCCUACAGACCAGGAGAGGAUACUAUCUGCUCCGACGCCAGGACCAAGGCGCCCGCUUCCACUAAGCCUCCCGGACGCGAGCAAGCCCCGCAGGACACCCUGAACUCCACGCUGCUCAUGGCUGGGAUUAUAGGCGGAGCGGUCCUCAUCAUCCUGGUGACGCUGCUGGGCUUGUUCUGCUGGCACAUGCACCGGAAGAGCCGGUCGUCCUCGACCAAGUGGAAAUACAACCGCGGGCGGAGAAAAGACGACUACUGCGAGGCGGGAACCAAGAAGGACAACUCCAUCCUGGAGAUGACUGAGACCAGUUUCCAGAUAGUGGCUCUGAACAAUGAGCAGCUGCUUAAGGGAGACUUCCGGAUCCAGCCCAUUUACACACCCAACGGGGGCAUUGGAUUUAGAGACUGUCACCUCAGCAACAACAGCAUAGCCUACUGCAAGAGCAGCAAUGUGCCCAGUACAGAGUUCUGCCACACGUGAUGCAGAGCUCGGACGGAUACGGACCAGAAAAAACUGCUUAAAUACACACUGUUUGUGUAGAUGACAUCUAAAAAAAAUAUACAAAAAUUCUAGUGAAAUAUAACUGUACCAUAUAUAUUUCCAAGAUAUGUCUACAAUGUAAUUUAUACUGUGGAUAAUAAUGUGGGAUUCUCUGCUAUCUUUUUUAUUCUUAGAAAAAAAGAGACACAAGUGGGGUUUUUUUCUUCUUUUUUUUAACCAGCAGGGUUUUGAAAGUCGUUUCAACGGUCAGUACUGUACACGAACAUAGGUUUGUACAAUCACAGCACCCUGGUGUAGCUCCUGACAGACAAAUAUAGCGUCAGCCUCGGAAACGAAAGGGCCGCUCCGGAGGGCUGGGAUCCUUUUGCUAACCACAGAAACAAAAUAUGACCUUUUCUGGUUAUUAUCCUCACAACUCCAAAAAUGAUUAUUCCCUCCCACCCCAGUCACUCCCUGGUAAACCAGAGCAAGGGGAAUUGAAGCACUGCUGAUUAGUGUUGUAAAAUUUAUAUAUAUAUUUAUAUAAGACCACCUUCUUAUUGACAGCAGCCAGACAGGAAGUGAGUAGGUGACUCGAGGUGAUGGAAUUGUGGAUAGAGAAUGUCAAAUUUGAGUAUUUGUUGAAAAUUUCCCAAAAGUGCCACACGAUGAUAAAACGCGUCUUUGUUCUGUUGCUUCACAGAGGAGGAUGGAAAUAGUCGUGACACAAACAAGAAGUCUAGGAAAGGAUGUUGUGCAGCUUCCAGCAAAAAUAAUUAAUGUGGGCUUAGAAGCAACAAAAGGAUUGUUGUCUGUAAUGAGGAGACUUGAAGCUGCAUUUCUAAUUGUAACGUGCACUUCUGUCUUUUUCUUGGCCUAAUCUUUUGGCCACAAGGGGGCAGGUUUUCCUUCAUCUGCUGAGUGUGGGACCAAGUAACGGUAGAGAGGCCAGAGAGAUCACUUUACCUCCACCGUUCGUUCUCCCCAGAGCCUUUUGCCCAGACAGCAUUACUCACGCUCAAGCAGCAUAGUCAUGCUCAUCGAGCUACUUAAUGACACGGAAGCUUUUAAAACUAACAGUGUUUUCAGCGUUUGGUGGCUAAAUGAUAUGGAUUUUCAGCUACAGCAUAAAGAUUCCUCUGAGAUUGGAGCAAGAACGAAAGAGGGGAGGAAUGAUGAAUUUGCAGAUGGCUUACACAUAACGCUAAUUAUACACCUACAUAUUUCAUCCUUGUCCCGCCGUUUAUUAGACAUAGUGAUGAAUUAGAAAAUGACUUUGAGAUCACACCCCGCCCAUGAUCACGCCGAGCUCUUCGCCUAGCUCAUCAUUAUUUAUCUCUUUGUCCCCACCCAGCACCCCCACCCCCUGCGAGGCGCCUUAUUUCAUUUUCGGGUUUGCUCGUCUCACACGUUUGUACCUGCUCUCUUCAGAGCGACAGUAGCUGGAAGGAUGACUCGCACUCUGUCCAACCCGAUUUACCCUUCAUUUCUGGGCUGCAUGCUCUUGAUCCCUGCAUGGGCUCAAUUAAAACCCUCUUCCUGCCCUCCGGCUCAGACGCAGCAGCAGCAGCAGCUCUUCAACGUGUGAGAGGUCUCCAUUUAUGCACUUCUUAGGACUCUAUUUGAUCUGACACAAUUUGAUUUUAAGGCGGCCAAGCUUAGAGAAUUCCCACCCACCUCUUUCCUCGUAAUCCUACCAAAAAAGGAAGAAAAAUAUGUCAACCGUAUUUUCACUCGGCCGCAUGAAGCCCGCUCUCGAUGAAGCAGCCUGUAACUCUUUGCGAGGCUCCACAGACGUGUGCAAACGUUUGCAGCGGCAAAACGUUCCAGAUUUUUCCUUUUCCAAAAUCUCUUGGUUUUAAUUUCAGCCAUGAUUACUUGUUUUAAGGCAUCCAAAUCCCUGCUGCUAAACAGUGGAUCACUAUGGUAAAACCGUUCGACAAUUAGCAAGUUAAAUGACGACUGUUUUUGUAUUUGUUUUUAAAUUGAAGUUAAUUUCUUAAAGAGUGACGAGUCCAUUUCCAUUAGAAAGGAUUGGAUUUUAUAAAAGCACCAUAUCAAGUUGGAACAGCACCAGCGUUUACAGUCUAAUUUACAGUAAUUGCUACACAAACACUAUUGUCAAAACAACCACGACCUCACAAUUUCCAAGUUGGAAUUGGAGGUCGGUUGCUUUUUUUCUGGCAAAUUAUUUGCUUUGACUGUGUCUGAUUUUAUAGUAAUAUUCGAUCACAUUUCCUAAUAAUCCGACCUGAAAACUGGGAGAAAAAUCUGCAGCGCCUGUUUUUUCCUAUCGGCUGCAUGAAGCUCCCUCUGGAAGAUUAACUUUAGUUGUUGGAAUUAAUUUUACAGAGUAGAUGAACAUUUAGAGCUGAAAAAAAAAGAAACACACUUGUUCCAGGUCAUGGAGAUAAUCGGUGGAAGUAUUUAUCCUCAGAGUUCUUGGCAAAAUUAGCUUCACUUGUCAGCAAUUCCAGCAGCAGCGGUUGAUUAUGUUUUUAGCUAAUUAUAUUUUGCACAUAUAUUUUGCAUCAUUUCCUAUGUCAGCCCUGGUAGAUUUAUAUGUUAAAUCAGAUUUGAAACCUGACGGGGAACAAAGCAGACAUUUUAAGGGAACAUUUUUACAAAAAGAUCCUGAUGUUGGAGCUGAUUCACUGCUAUGUGCAGUUCCUGCAUCUUUCAUUAUGUUUCUCUUUCACACAUUUGAAUCUGAGGCGGGAAAACUAGCUUAGCAUAUCGCAAACGUUAGAAAUGGGCAAGAGGUUCAAUUCAAACAUAAAAUGAUUCUCUCCAGCUGAUUUGUUGAUAAAUUCACAGGCAUGAUUUAUAAUAAUUGGUCUGAGUCCGGUCUCGCGUGUGUUUGGGUUUAAUCUAAGCAACUGGCUGCUUGCCUUUCAAAUAAUGAGGCAUCAGUUUAGUCAUUAGUUUUGAGAGUGAGGUAUGUUGAUUCAACUUUCCCUUUAAAUAUAACAUAGUCAGCGGUUCUGUGUGAAAUAAAAUCUAAAAAAAACCCUGAGGUAUUGCAUUCUAAAAAGCCGACAAAAAUCAGCUUGCUAAACUUCUUGUUAUUUCAUUUUCCUUUGUAUGACCUGCCAAUUCAGCUGCCUUUUCAUAAACACCUAGAAAAAUAAGAAAGCAACCAACAGACAUUUCUUGAUUGUCUCCAUAAGAGUAUCACAGGAUGUGAGCCUCACUGGAUCAAAUUUUUUUAAUUCCCAAACAAAAUCUAUCAAAAUGUUCUCAAAGCACAUGUCGGUUGUUGCAUUCACUGGCUCAAAACUCUGGGAAUUCUGAGGUUUGAUAUGUUAAGAGACUUAAAAAAAAAAAAAUUUAAAUAUUCAGUGAAUCGUUUUGAUAACAAAGUACAUUAACUCUGUUCACAAAGCGAAACCCAUUAGACGUAUUACUUGCACAUACAAAGCUGUUUUCAAACUUUUAUUUCUCUCAUUUAUGAUAAUUUUCCACUUCAGCCAAUGAAAACAAGGCACUUAAAGUUGGAAGAUGACAGACCAAUAAAAAAGGACAGCAAAAUGUUUAGAUUUUAAUGUUCACAGUUCAGAAAUGUAGGCUUAGUAAAAAUGUGUUUCAUACUUUAUUUCACAAGCUUGCUUUCAAAAUGUACUUUUAAUCCGACCAAAAGCAUCAUUGGUUGCAUAUUCUAAUUUAUUGAAUAUACCUGGCAUCUAGGGCCAAAAUUGUGUGAUUCUAAUAUUAAAAUAAAUUUGUUUUUAAUUUUCAAAACAUGUCACUGUUGUGAUAUCUAUUUUAGCUCACCAACUACACCAUAAAGAACCAAAAUCAUCUCCAAAUGCAUGUAUUUUACUGUAAAUUAGAGAUUUUUUUACAGUGCAGUAAUGCCUGCCUGCUCAAUCGAUAGUUGAAAGUCUAGUGUUUCUGCUGCUGUUGUUUUGUGGGCCGGAAGGUGAAAAGUUUGGGAAUCGGUUCUCUACGCAAAUAUUGCCCAAGUCGGACACGAUUAGGCGGGUUAAUCAUCAGCUUCUGUGGUUACCGAAGCCUCCCCGAUUUUUUUAUCCCACCAUUUUUCUACCAACACCUGCAUAUCAGCUCGCCCUGCUCCCAAUGUCCAGCGACGGAGACCGGACUAGCCCGCCGAGCGCCCGACAGGUCUCCCGGUUCCCGCCGUCCACGCGCCGUUCCCGCGGAACGCUCUCCCACGCGGCGACGCGCCGCCGUCAACCUUUGUCUGCCCAUGCCUUUUCAAAGACAGAAGCCCCAUUUUAAAGCCACCUGCUGGCCAAACAAGUCAGGUCAAAUCAUUGCCGCCUAGUAUCUGCCCCGUCUGUGAAUGUUUAACGGAGACGGAUGUUUGCCUUGCCUUCAUUUUGCUAGCCACAGAGAGCUAACGGGGCGAAAGAUGGGAAGAGACGUCAAGGAAAGCACAUUUCUUACAGAGCCCGAAGAGGCAAACAAACCGUUGGCAUCGAGCGCUCUACCUAACCGUAGACGGUUGGUCCAACGUUUGGUGCCAAAAAAUGAGCCUGAGCAGGCAGCGGUGGAGCUUUGGUUGUUUUAAGGCAUUUCUCAUAACUUUGCUGACAGAACGUGGCGUCAGCGUCAGGACCAACAGAAACCCUUUCACAGUGUUCCCUUUGUGUGUGUGUGUGUGUGUGUGUGUGUGUGUGUGUGUGUGCGCGCGCCGAGACGCUAACAGGCAUGUUUUAGUCCAAAACCAGGAACAAAAAACAACAGAAAACAAAGAUGAUUGGACUUUUGUUGUAAAAUACAAAUAAAAUUAAGACACAGACUUUUUAUUUGUUAUUCUUUGCAGCCCUCAACAGAUGAUAGAAAUCUGAAUGUUGCUUUUGUAUCAUACAAACAAACUCGCAGGCAAAGAGAAAAGAAAAAAAAAAAAAUCCACCUUCCCCUCCACCCCCACAGUCCAAGAUGGACACAUCUGCAACCGUUUUUCUAUCUCAAAAGUUUCUGCUACUUUUGUGUACCUCGAAGGAGUUCUGCUGCUUUUUUUUUUUUUUGACCGGAGUUCAAAUACAGCUGAAUAAAAGCAUACGAAAUAAACACAUGUCUGAAAUUUUAAGGCGUCUAGACAAAGAUGAUUGUUUUUGUGUCAUAUUUUAGAGGCUGUGAUUCUGGCGAAAGUGAGAUGAAGAGUGUCAGAAUGCGAGAAAGCGUUUAGUUUAGUUUUUUUUUUGGGCCUGUACAUGUUUGGUAAACGAAUGUUCCCAUCAUAAAACCAUAAUGUCAAAACAUAAUGCAUCGUUUGAUUAUUUUAGUUUGAAAAUGCAAAAUACUCGGUUCUCAGGGUCAAAAAUGGAUGAAUAGAGAUUUGAAUUGUGGUUGAAAUGAUCAAAUUUUGAGUGUAAAAAAAAGCAAACAAUUUUUAUUUCAUCGGCGCUUGUGACCUUAGGAAGUACCGUGUCAAAGUUGAUGUCACAAAUAUUUUUUACCACAAAUAAUGAAGGAGCAAAAUCAUACAAAGUGAAAACCUCUACAGUUUGGAGAAUGACAAUAAUAGAUAGAAAAAAACAAUAAAGAUAAAAAAAACCUCUGAAGCAUUUACUACUGCAACUUCAAAUAUGGAGGCUGUUUUCAUUGGCCGGUGGAUUUUUAUUAUUUCAUUAUAUUUAAGAAAUAUGUGUUCUUGUCCUUCUUUGACCCGAGAAAUACUGACUGCUUGCAUUUCAAUGUCAUAUUCUACAUUUAAAAAUGCAAACAAAAAUUCUUUGUUUUUAGGUUGCCAUCAUUUCCAAAGAGAAAAUCCAAACAUUAAGACACAUGUGAGCUUUUGCACCAAUUGUUUUUACAUUGUGGGGUGAAGAAAAUCAUUGACAUAAUAUUUUAAUCACAGGAAAAAACAAACAAACUGCAUUUUAAAUUGAACAUUAAUUAAAACCUCUCAAUAAUUUUGUUUCUUAAUUACUGUUUCUGUGAACAUUCAACAUGGAUGAACUGUUCACAUUAAAGCGUUUUUUUGUUUGUUUGUUUUGUUUUUGAGUCAAAGACUCUGGGUUCAUGUCAUCUUUACUCCAUACCGACAAAACCAAAUUAUUAGUGACAUUUUUAGUUUUUUUUUUUUGCAUGUACUGUAUUUAGCUUCCUAGCCUUUCAUUUUGUUCUCUCACCAGGUUUUGGACUGGCCUUUUUUUUGUUUGUUUUUUUCUUUUCUCCGUCUCUCUGCUGAAGAAAAUCCCCGGAGGUGGUCGAGCUGCAGCGUGAGCGAGCGUCCGCAGAACGCUUCAUGUGGUUCGCAGGACGCAGGCUGGAAAAAAAACAAAAAAUAAUUGAAAAAUUUUUUUUUGCAGUGCAUGUAAAAUGGCUUCGUUCAGAGUACCAGCUUCUCGUUUAGACGCGGCAGUGUUACAUUAGCCAUCCACACCGAGACAUUUUUAGGAACCAAAGUUGAUUUUUUUAUUUUUUCUUGGUUUUGUUUUUUGUUCUCAUGAUGAAAUAUUGAUGUUGUUCCAUGUAUGUGCCUUGAGGUUGAACUUACAAUGUAAAGUCCUUGAAACCUUUAAAUGUUUUUGCACAAACUGUAAAUACUUAAGUGAAGCUUUUGGAGAAAUAAAAAGAGCCAUUGGAUUUAAACUAA